AUUAUUUAGCCACACAUGCGUUGUUCGUCCACAGUAUUGCUCAACGAAAACAGUAGUGGUAUAAAACGUGACGAUGCCCUGGAGACGGCACAGUCCAUCGGAUUUUUCAGUGUAAUCACUUGUGAGCAGUCACACCACCCAAGCAAAAUGAUCGCCAAAUUCGUUGUUGUAUUCGCCCUCGCUGUGGCCGCUGCGAAUGCUGGAGCUAUCGCCCCGGCUGCGUUGGUCGCGCCAGUAGCUUCUGCUGCGGUUGUGGCUCCAUACGCCAGCUCUUACUCGGCUCAUGCCGUGAACCACGCCGUGGCUGCUCCAGUCGUCACAUCCCCUUACGUCGCUGCCGCCCCCUACGUCGCUGCCCCCGCCGCUGCCCCCUACGUAGCUGCCCCCGCUGCUGCUCCUCUAGUCGCCGCCCCCGCCGCUCCCUUCGUCGCACCAGCGUCACCCUACUUCGCCAGAUACCUAUCAUCCCCAUACAUCCUAUAAACGAAUUUGGUGAUAUCAUUGCCCAGUGACUUGCUCAGAUUAUAAUAUAAUACUUCCUAGUUAUAUCGAUUAUGUAUUUUGUUGAUAUACGAAUUUAUACAUA